AGUUUAUAUACGAAAGUAAAGCGGGGGAAAGGAGCAUAAGUCCGCGACGACGAUGGUCGACCUUCUUCCCUGGCACCGGCGGGAGCUGAAGCAUGUAGUAAGUCUGUCGCCGUUGCCAGAAGGUCUGUUGCGAUGCAUCCUUGUAUCGGUGAUAGUCUUGCGCCCCUGUACCGCAAAAUCGUUUUUCGAUUGUGGGCCCUCCUACAUCCCUUACUCCCGCGAGCAGGACCAUGGCGUUUGCAUCUUCCAGCUCCAGAACGAUGAGCUGGAGAGCUCCUGGGACGCAGGCAUCAUAGACGGAGCCCUCCACCUCACCACCGACGACGUCUACCAGCCGCCGGUAUAUUACCCUCCUGACCCCACGAGGCGGGCGGGAUGUGCCAUCCUCCGGGAGGAAGUCGAUCUAUGGCGGCCGGCCCGUGCAGCAUACCCAUACGGCGUUCACUCGCAGUGGGCUUGGCGGCGGUCGAACUACGACGGGCCAAAGCUUGAGGCAUCCUUCAACGCGACAUUCACCAUGAGCGCCAACACAUCACGCCAAGGCGACGGCGGCCUUAUGUUCGGGAUACUGCCUUCCCCUCUGGAUGGCUUCCACAGAGCCACCUACGCAUCCUUGGCUAGCUCUACUACCACAUUCCCCGACGGCCACCGCGUCGCCAUCGAGGUCAGUAAAGCAAAGUACUACUAUUCUCAAGGUACUACCGGCAUGUACGUUUCCAUCGAGCCGGAGCCGAAUGCGACGUCCAUGGCGAACUACACCGUCUGGAUCGAGUACAACGCCGCCGCUCACAACCUAUCUGUGUAUGUGGUCGAGGGUGCCAAGCCCAAACCUGGGGAAGCCGCGCUCCACAUGCCGCUCAACGUCACCGACGUCGUCAGCCUGUCCGUGUUCAGGGGCGACCUUAGGGGUUCCGGUUACUUCGGUUUAUUCGCCUCAAAGAGCAGGUUCUUGCCCACUUGUCAGGCGGUGGUCUAUAGCUGGAACAUCACCAUGGAGAAGCUCCCGGAACCCAUGCCCCCUGAACCGAACCAUGGUCGUGAACUGCAAAGAGAAUUCUUCGCCAUACUGCUGACGGUGGUGCUUCCUAUAGCCGUUAUCACGGCCAUCAUUUUCGUGGCGGCCUGCUACUUCUUGUCGAGGUACAGGGCUCUCAGGACGAGGCUCAAGCUCUCAGAGGUGCUGAGACAGCUCCCCGGGGUGCCCAGGGAGUUCAAGCACGCCACCAUCAGGAAGGCGACCCACAACUUCCAUGAGAUGAUGAAGCUGGGGAGAGGCGGCUUCGGCGCCGUGUACAAGGGAACGCUCCGGUCAGGGAAGCGCGGCGAGGAGCGCCUUGACGUGGCCGUGAAGAAGUUCACACGGAAAGACGACCGUGGCUACGAGGACUUCCUCGCUGAGGUCGACAUCAUCCACCGGCUCCGCCACAAGAACAUUGCCCCUCUUCUUGGUUGGUCUUACGAGAAUGGAGAGCUGCUGCUGAUCUACGAGUACAUGCCCAAUGGCAGCGUAGACAAGCACCUGUUCCACGAAAGGCAGCAGCACCGUGGCCACCAACAGCCAGUUCUGCCCUGGGAGAGACGCUACGACAUUGUGAAGGACGUCGCCGCCGGUUUGCACUACGUCCACCACGAGUACGAGCGCACGGUGCUCCACCGCGACAUCAAGGCCAGCAACAUCAUGCUCGACUCCGCCUUCCGCGGCCGCCUCGGCGACUUUGGCCUCGCGCGAGUCGUCGCCUUCGACAAGAACUCCUUCACCGACAUCGGCGUCGCGGGCACCUGGGGCUUCAUCGCGCCGGAGUACCCCGUCAGCCACAAGGCCACCCGGCAGACCGACGUCUACGCGUUCGGGGUGCUGGUCCUCGAGGUCGUCACCGGCAGGAGGUCGCUCGGCAAAGCGGACGACGAGUUCCCGCUGCUCGUCGACUGGGUCUGGUGGCUCCAUCAGGAGGGGAGGCUGCUCGAAGCGGUUGACGCCGAGCUACGCUCUUCGGAGGCGGGGUUCGACGCCGACGAUGCCGCCCGGCUGCUGCUCCUUGGUCUGUCAUGCAGCAACCCGAACCCAUCGGACCGGCCGACCCUGGCCAACGUGCUGCAGGUUGUCGCCAGGACGGCACCGCUGCCGGACGUGCCGCUGGUGAAGCCCGCGUUCGUGUGGCCGCCGGAGGGGGCGUUACUGGACGACGACGUGGAUGAUGGUUUUGCGGGGACGAGCCGUGAUGAUUCUCGUUACUGGGAGGAGGAGGAGACCAUGCCGAGCUUCAUGUCGUCAGACAGAGAUCACCAAGCGCAGGGCUCGGAAUGUUGACGAGCACAAGGACGCGGGGGAGAUAGAGAGUUACGUGUAAUCCAAUCUGUAGAUGCCUAUUAUUAUAGUAGCCAUCAGCCAUUGAUCUAUGAAAUCAAGGCCACUUUGUCCUAGUCGAUGAAGUUCCGGUGUAGAUUCCUGCCAUCUCCUUUGGGGUCGCGAGGUUACGGGUUUCUCGUCCUGCGGGACUGUGAGGUUAGAUGUCAGUUGAUUCAUCUAUUCAAGGGUUCAACAGGGACGACGACGACGGCUUCAAGGCCUUGCUCCUUUAGGGGCGCGUGCAUGAAGACUUUCCCAUGUCAUCGACAAAGUCGAGCAGACUCCGAUAGGGGAGCCGCGACAGCGACGCUUCGGCUGUUCGUUCUAUCAACAGUAGUGGCCGUUUGGUGUGCUAGAAGUUUCAACGUAGUAUUUAUUGUGUUUGAGGUGCUUUGUACUUGUGGUGAACUUUGGACAUAA